AUGAAGAAUUUUAAUGAACAUAGUGUAUUUUCCAAUAGCACAUACUUUACAAAGUGUAAUAAAAAUAUGAAUAAUUCGUUUAACGUUAAAUAUGAUAAGGGGGAAAAUGAGAAAUUAAAAGGAAAUAAAUUUCCACGUUUUUUAGUAUCUUAUUUUUAUGUUUUAAGUAUAGUUGGAAUAAUAUAUUGUUUAUUAUUUAAUAUUCACACACAUGAUAAUAAAGAUGAAGGUGUAACAGCAACAUGGAAUAUUGAUACAAGAUGUUUAUCAGAAGGCUACGAAAAUCUUUACUCACCACUAGGUGACAUUAAUGCAAAUCUUAACUUGCGAGAAAUAUUACAUGGGUCAAAUAACUAUAUCCCAAAAGAAUUUAUGGAAUGGGAUGAUGAAGAAGAGAAAGACGCUUCACAGAUGUAUGCUGCUGUUGAUGAUGAUGAUGAUGAAGAGGAAGAAGAAGAAGAAGAAGACGAAGAAGAAAAUGAUGACGAUGAUGAGGAAGAUGAAGAAGAUACGAAAAGAAAGAAUCAUAAACGUGUACCAAAUAAUACUAACAUGAAAAAACCGAAUAACAUUAAUAAAGCUUGUGAUAAUAAUAAUAAUAAAAAUAAAGUUCAACAAGAAGAAAAGAACCAGAAUACUAAGAGUCCAAAAAAUAAUGCUAAUAAAAAAAAUGUAGAAGAAGAAGAAAAACAUAAAAAGGUAAAUAAUACGAAUGAGAAAAAAAAUAAUAAUAAUAAUAAUAAUAAUCAAAAUAAAAAAGAAAAAGAAAAUCAAGGAAAUAAUAAUGAUAUACCAGCAUAUCAAAGAAUAGAUUAUAAUAAUUUGUCUGUUCAAAUUACCUUAGAAGAGUUUGAUGAAGUAUUAAAUUCCUUGAAUACACUUUUAAGCAUAAAAGAAAUGUCUAAUUUAUGGAAUCAAUUAAGAGGAAUAGAAAGAUCAUUAUUUGAAGACACAUUGAGUGAUUUAUUUACAUUUUAUCAUGAAUUAUUAGAGACAUAUAAGUUUACCAAAGAAGAAACUGAAAAUAUCUGGAAAGAAUGCCUUAAUAAUUCCCUACACAGUCAAAGUGUUGUUGAAACCCAAUGUAAUGUAGAUUAUAGUGGUUUUAUUAAGAAGAAAAAUUUGACUCAAGAAGCAUAUAAAAAAUAUAUCACUGAAAAUAGAGAGGAGUUUGCAAAAUUAAGAGAACAAAUUCAUCAUAAGGGUGAGAAUUUUCUAAACCAACAAUUUGCUCAAUAUAGAAAAGAAAAAUAUGGUAAUUUAGAUCGAGAAAGUAAGAAAAAAAAUAAGGAAGAGGAAAAAGAAAGAAAAAAAAAAGAAAAGGAAGAGGAAAAGGAAAGAAAAAAAAAAGAAAAGGAACAAGAAAAAGAAAGAAAGAAAAAAGAAAAGGAACAGGAAAAAGAAAGAAAAAAUAAAGAAAAGAAAGCAAAGGAAAAUAAAAAUAAAAAAUUAAAAUAA